AUGUCUGAAAUAUUUACUGCAAUCUCAGAACUGGGGUAUGCGUCCCCAGGAACAGCCUUGCAGGUACGCAUUCUCCGUACAUGGACACCACAAGUACGGGCUCAUGAAACAUGGUUUUUAGCAGUUGACAAAUAUGGUGAUGCAAUCCAAAUUCUUGGCCAAAGAAAGGAUCAAGGAUUUGUACAAUAUGCUCUUGCUCUUUCCAAAUGCUACACACUAACAAAAUAUGGAUGUGGAGAACCAGACCAAUACCAGAAAUGUGGUGAAGAUAUUGCGAUAAGCUUGUGGAAAGAAUGCACUGACGCACCUUCAAAAUUUAAUCGAUACGCAAUCGAGAAUGCACCUGCUCCCACUGUAAUUACUGUCACAAACGUUCGAAUCAUGGAUUAUGAUGGUUCGUUAAGGUUAGGAACCAGUAGUGCAACCCACGUAUACGUAAAUCCACCCAUCAAAGAAACAGAUACACUUCUGGACAGCUACAAGAUAAAUACUGCUUCAACACCUCUAUUUGGACCUCUGAUGCCACUUACACAGAUAAAUGAGAAAAAACACUUAGAUCUCUUGGAAAAAACUUUCACUGCGGAGACAUCCAUAAUAGAGUACCUUCUUUCAGACUAUUGGUACCAAGUUUUCUGUCCACAUUGCAAGAUAUCAACACUGAUACAAGGAAAGGACUGGUUCUGUCCAUCACACGGAACCGUCAUCUCUCCAACUCCCAUCUACAAGCUUAUGGCAACAAUUAUAGACCCAAGUUGCUCAAUGACGGUUACCUUAUCUGACAAUGUUGCCCAAAAAAUAUUUGGAACAACAACAAAUAAACUAAUAGUAGAGGACGACCCAAACCACAGGAAAAAAAUGCACACCAUCAUAAAAGAGACCAAGGGUAUCAUGAAAAAGAUAAAAUUACGGAUCACAAACACGUCAAAUGAAAGGAACAUCCGUUUCAUAAUAAUUGAUAUUGAAGACAACUCUUCUGAAUCAUCAUCAAUAACAACCCCACCUCCUCAAAACACAUCCUCCUCCAGUAUUCCUCAUAAAACACCUACGUCUUCACCGAGACAAGAUCACCCCAAAGUCAGGUAUGGACAAAUCUGA